AUGGCACCGAAUUUUUUGACAGCCUACGCGGCAGCACUCCUGCUCGCCACUCAAUCCGCAGCCCUCAACUUCACCAUCGCGAAUGGGCAAAUCUACACCCCUGGUCUAGCCAUAGUCGACUCUCCCCAGCCGGGCACACCCCUCGGCGGAGACACCAUCGAAGUCGCCCUCGAUGUCUCGACCAACGGCCGCCUUCCACUGCCCCCAUACGCCGAAGACAGCCCCAGCCAAAUCCACAAUAUCAGCAUCUUCCUGUCCAGCUACACCACGCAGCGCAAUUUUACCAUUACCAACGGCACGGCCUCGGCCAACAACGCCAGCCUAGGCAACAUCAUGUUCCAAGAGCCUGGCAGCACCGUCAAGCACGUCCGCUGGACCUGGCCCGACUGUCUUGUUGGUGAUGGCAGCCAGGGGAAAGGGUUGGGUGACACCGAUCGGGGCGUGUUACUAACCAAUCACCCACUCCAGAUCUCCAUCCGCCAAUCCUUCCGCCUCAACGGCACCGACCACUACACCAUCUUCGACCUACCCAUCUCCGUUUCAAACAGCAUCCCCGAGGGUAUCAGCGCUAGCAGCCGCAGCAGCGACAGCGGGGGUUACAGCGGCGAGCAGCGCCCGUCGUGCGACGCGCUCAACAACCCGCUGAUGACACCCGAGGAGAUCCACGAGUCGGCGGAUAGCAGCGUACCCGUGAUGUUUGCGCCGGGCGAUGCGACGCAGGUGCAGACGAGUCCUAAUGGCGCGGUGGCGAGGAGGGUUGGCCCAGAGAAAAAAAAGUUGAAGCUGCUUUCAAUGGAUCAACAAUCUGCCCCACGGCGCGAUCAACAAAAGAAGCAGGACGAUAUGUCCUCCGAUGAGGGAUCCUUUGCCAGCUUUGACGACGAUGAUGCCCUAUCCGACUCUGCUUCCGACGACGACCACGAGAACCACAACGCCAGCAAACUUGCCGCGAAGAGGAAAAAUGCGCUCCUCGAGAAGGACUCCGAAGAGGAAGACUUAGAGCGCUUUGUGCUCGGGAGCAAGGAGACGUUCCGCGAGCAACUCUUCCGCGACGACUUUCUCCCCUCGGUAACCAAUUCCACGGCCCUCGUCAAGACAACCACAGACGAUGACGGCGACAAUGACGACAAGCACGCACGCCUCUCGGACUCAAUGCUAUUCACGUACGAUGCGGGCGAUGACUCCGAUGAUCAGAUGGAAAUUGUGCAGGCGCAGCCAACACCACAAGAAGAGCCCGAAGAAACGCCGGCAUGGGAGGACAGCGACGACGAGCGGUUGACGGUCUCCCUCGCCGGUGCGACGAGGUUGCGGAAGCUCCGAAACACCGAAGCAGAGGAUGUGGUUAGUGGGACAGAGUAUGCCAAACGGUUACGGCAGCAGUACCUACGCCUCUACCCGCUCCCCGAGUGGGCUCAGGAUGCCACCGCCGGUUCCAAGCGAAGACGUCGCCGGUCGUCAGCCGGCUCAGACUCGGCCCCGGGUUCGGACGUGGAACUCGACAGCGACGGCGAAGAAAUUGACAACGCCCCGCUCCCGCUCGAUGCCUUCCUCCGCGAUGCCAACUCGUUCGCCCGCGGCGCGGACAAUACCAACAAGCGCCGCAAGCUCCGCCCCGAAACCAUCGACAUCCAGCGCACCCGCGACAUCCCGGACAUGCACAAGGCCGGCAUCUCGUCGCUCGCCUUCCACCCGCGCCAGCCAAUUCUCCUGUCCACCAGCACCUCAUCCGUCAUGUACCUCCACCACAUCGACCCCGCCGCGCACCCGACGCCAAACCCGGCGUUGACCUCGGUGCAGGUGAAGCGAACUGACCUGCGGCGCGCGGCCUUUGUCGGCCCCGCCGGCGACGAGGUCGUUUUUGCCGGCCGCCGGCGUUACUUCCACAGCUGGAAUUUGUCCUCGGGCCUCGUCAAGAAGGUGUCCAAGAUUCAGGCCCAUCAGCGCGAGCACCGCACCAUGGAACGCUUCCGUGCCAGCCCGUGCGGCCGAUAUCUCGCUAUUGUCACGAGUGACAAGAAAGGCGGCGGAUCCCUCAACAUUGUUAGUGUCACGACCAUGCAGUGGGUUGCGCAGGCGCGUAUUGACGGGCGCGGUGGUGUCACCGAUUUUGCGUGGUGGUCGGACGGCGAAGGGUUGACGAUUGCUGGUAAAGAUGGGCAGGUUACCGAGUGGAGCUUGAAGACGCGGAGGACUGUCGGUGUCUGGAGGGAUGACGGGUCCAUUGGCGGGACGGUGAUGGCGCUAGGUGGCUCCAACGGGCCGGCUGAGCUUGGUGGUGACCGCUGGGUUGCCAUCGGGUCCAACAGCGGCGUGUUGAAUGUGUAUGACCGCAACGAGCUGCUAGCGAAGCCAAAACAAAAACAACAAGCCGGGAACAACAACAGCAGCACCACAGCAACAGUUGAGAUUAAGAAACUCCCCACGCCAACUCGCACCUUCGAACACCUCACCACCGCCAUCUCGGUUGUCACUUUCUCUCCCGACGGCCAGUUACUCGCCUUUGGUACCCAGCUGAAGAAGGACACGCUACGACUCGUGCACCUGCCUAGUUGCACCGUGUACCGCAACUGGCCGACAGAGCAGACGCCGCUAGGCCGAAUUACGGCGGUGGCGUUUAGCGCGGGAAGUGAUGUGCUGGCGGUUGGGAACGAUGUAGGCAAGAUUAGGUUGUGGGAGAUUCGGGCUUAG